GGGAACCCGGUGGGCGGCCACCAGUGCUACCGGCUGAUCAUCGUGGACCAGGAGAGCUGCUUUGACCCCACUUCGCAGCUGAACUGCUUCCACGAGCCCAACAUCAAGAACCUGCCCUUGGGCCGCACGGUCUUCUUCGGCGUCCAGCCCAAGUUCACCAACGUGGACAUCCGCAUCACCAUCGACGUCACCUUUGGCGGCGUGGACGUCUACAUCUCCACCUCCUACGAGACCUUUGUGGUGGACGUGGACCGGGCCACGGGCAUCCACUCCGUGCGCGUGGUCUCCCCGGUGGAGGAGGCGGCCGGCCGGUCGUCGUCGUCGCAGAACGGGAGCCAACCACUGCCACCAGUGCGCGAGGCGUGGACACACGGCCUGAUCACGUACAUCACGGUGCGGGAGCAGCAGGCGGUGCUGGCGGUGCGGGGCGUGCGGGACCGCGUGGUCAUCACCUACCCGCACGAGAUCCACGCCCUGAAGUCCAGCCGCUUCUACGUGGUGCUGGUGGGCGUGGGCGGGCCCGGGGGCAACGCCACGGAGUCGCAGGGGCUGCUCUUCUUCCGCCAGGACCAGGCCCACAUCGACCUCUUCGUCUUCUUCUCUGUCUUCUUCUCCUGCUUCUUCCUCUUCCUCUCCGUCUGCGUCCUGCUCUGGAAGGUCAAGCAGUUCCUGGACCUGCGCCACGAGCAGCGCCGCCACCUGCAGGAGAUGACCAAGAUGGCCAGCCGCCCCUUCGCCAAAGUCACCGUCUACUUCGAGCCGGACGCUUCGGGCACCGCGGGCGCGGCGCUUCUACCGCCCAACGCCGAGCUGGUCUUCCUCCCAGCGCGGACGCACAAGCACCCGGCUCUGGCCGCCGCCGCCCCGCCACUGCCCAGCCGCCUGAAGCCGUUCCACGAAGCGCCCUACCCGGUGGCCCACUUCCGCCGCUCGGAGCCCUUCCUCUCCCACCUGAUGGGCUACUCCUACUCCAGCUUCCGAGUGGGGCCCAUCACCCUGGAGCCCACCGACGACGGCAUGGCCGGCGUGGCCACCGUCCUCUUCCAGCUACCAGGAGGCAUGCAGGCCCCCAACCGCGCAUGCCUGGGCUCGGCCCUGGUCACCCUGCGACACAACCUCCAGGACUAUUGCAGCAGCAGCCAUGGGGCAAGCAGCUCCCGCAAGGGCCUCCUCAGCCACGAGAACCUCACCAGCAUGUCCCUAUGAGGAGGAGGAGCACGAGGAGGCGGUGCCACGCAUGGUGGCGGGUGUCCAUCCGCAGCUCUGGACUCACACUUUCCAGUGACCUCAGCGGGAGAUGCGUGAGAAGCAAUUUUUUGUGCACCAAUAUGGUAGCCCACCAUCGUGCCACAGAUUUAGACAUCGGCACCAGGGAGAACUAUGUCUCUCUUGCAUCUAGAUUGCAAAGAUCUAGGUGUCGCCCUUCUUUGCAGUUCUUUGCACCAGUCUGAUGUCAUCUAGAGAUGCAGAGGAGGCCAUCAGUGGAUGCAUUCGGAUGCUGGAAAUGCACAAGAGACAAUCGUUGAUGCACCAAUAUGGUAGCCCACCAUCGUGCCACAGAUAUAGACAUCGGUAACAGGGAGAACUAUGUCUCUCUUGCAUCCAGAUUGCAAAGAUCUAGGUGUUGCCCUUCUUUGCAGUUCUUUGCACCAAUAUGAUGUCAUCUAGCGAUGCAGAGGAGGCCAUCAGUGGAUACAUUUGGAUGCUGUCCACUUUAGUGCCAAGAAUAUAAACAUCGGCACCAGGGAGAACUAUGUCUCUCUUGCAUCCACUUUUCACAUUCGUGCCAUGAAUAUAAACAUUGGCAACAGGGGGGAACUAUGUCUCUCUUGCAUCCAAAUUGCGAAGAUCUAGGUGUUGCCCUUCUUUGCAGUUCUGUGCACCAAUAUGAUGUCAUCUAGAGAUACAGAGGAGGCCAUCAGUGGAUGCGUUUGGAUGCUGUCCACAUUCGUGCCAAGAAUAUAAACAUUGGCACCAGGGGGAACUAUGUCUCUCUUGCAUCCACUUUUCACAUUCAUACCAUGAAUAUAAACAUCGGCAACAGGGGGGAACUAUGUCUCUCUUGCAUCCAGAUUGCAAGAUCUAGGUGUUGCACUUCUUUGCAGUUCUGUGCACCAAUUUGAUGUCAUCUAGCAAUGCGGAGGAGGCCAUUAGUGGAUGCAUUUGGACGCUGUCCACAUUCGUUCUAUGAAUAUAAACAUUGGCACCAAGGGAACUAUGUCUCUCUUGCAUCCAGAUUGGAAAGACCUAGACGUUGCCUGUGCUCUUUUCUUGCAGUUCUGUGCACCAAUUUGAUGUCAUCUAGAUGCAUUUGGACACUGUUUACAUUCGUGCCAUUAAUAUAGACAUCGGCUCCAGGCAGAACUAUGUCUCUCUUGCAUCCAGAUUGCAAAGACCUAGGCGUUGCCCUUCUUUGCAGGUCUGUGCACCAAUUUGAUGUCAUCUAGAGAUGCGGAGGAGGCCAUCAAAGGAUGCAUUUGGACACUGUUUACGUUCGUGCCAUUAAUAUAAAUAUCUGCACCAAGGGAACUAUGUCUCUCUAGCAUCCAGAUUGCAAAGACCUAGGCAUUGCCUGUGCUCUUUUCUUUGCAGCUCUGUGCACCAAUGUGAUGUCAUCUAGAGAUGCAGAGGAGGCCAUCGAAGGAUGCAUUUGGACACUGUUUACAUUCGUGCCACUAAUAUAAACAUCGGCACCAGGGGAAACUACGUCUCUCCUGCUGUUGGAUUGGACAUGCUGGCCAUUGCCUUCUGUGUCUUGAUUGGAGACGCCAUGAACCAAAAUGGCUAGCUCCUGCAAAUGGAAGCAGCUUCCCAUGCAACAUGGCCCACAGUCAUGCCACGAAUAUAGAGACAUUGGUACCAGGUGGGACUACGUCUCUCUUGCAUCCAGAGUGGAUGCAGCUGGACAUUGUCUCUGCUACUUCAUCUAUGGUUCUGUGCACUGUUUCAAUGCCAUCUGGGGAUGUUUUGGAGGAGAAGGCGGCAACUGGUGACAAUCCAAUGUGGCGGUGCUCACAUUUGUGCCACGGGUAUAGAGACAUUGGUACCAGGUGGAACUACGUCUCUCUUGAAUCCAAAGUGGAUGCAGCUGGACAUUGUCUCUGCUACUUCAUCUAUGGUUCUGUGCACUGUUUCGAUGUCAUCUGGAGAUGUUUCGGAGGAGAAGGCAGCAACUGGUGACAAUCCAAUGUGGCGGUGCUCACAUUUGUGCCACGGGUAUAGAGACAUUGGUACCAGGUGGAACUACAUCUCUCUUGCAUCCGGAGUUGAUGCAGCUGGACAUUGUCUCUGCUACUUCAUCUAUGGUUCUGUGCACUGUUUCGAUGUCAUCUGGAGAUGUUUCGGAGGAGAAGGAGGCAACUGGUGACAAUCCAAUGUGGCGGAUGCAUUUGUGCCACAGGUAUAGACACCGGCUCCAGGUGGAACUAUGUCUCUCCUGCAUCCAGAGUGGAAAGACCUGCACGUUGCCUGUGCACCAAUUCAGUGUCAUCUAGAGAUGUGGAGGAGGCUAUUGUCAUCUAGAAAUGCAGAGGAGGCAAUCCGUGGAUGCAUUUGGACGUUGCCCACAUUCGUGCCAUGAAUAUUGACACUGGGCACCAGGGGGAACUAUGUCUCUCCUGCUGCCGGAUUGGACAAACUGGCCAUUGCCUUCUGUGCUGCCUUUUGUGUCUUCAUUGGAGACACCGUGAUCCAAGAUGGCCGGUUCCUGCAAAGGGAAGGAGCCUCUCGUGCAACAGGGUUGAGACACGUGUGCAAAAGAUGGAUUGUAAACUCGGGGGGUUUGGGGGUCCCGUGGGCCUUGUUUCCUCUCUCUCUGUUUCCGUUUCUUUUCCUGUCCUGAGUUUUCCUUUAUUUAAAACUAAUUUCCUUGAAGGGUCGUGAUGGUCUGCUGGCCACCACUGUCUCCAGCACAAUGACAAUCGCCCCCCACACCAAAAAACAAAACAAUAAUAAAGAGAGUUUGCUGCCUACA